AUGACGAUAAAUCUCGAGACAGCUGAUAGCGAUGUGCAAAACUCUUCCCCCUCAGUCCGAGUCUUGGAGCCCGGUAAUCCUGCUGUUACUGCUAAGGUUUUCAUUAUGCAGCAACUCAUUGCGAAAGAAACCUGUGAUUGCGGCACGCUGAGAUCUAUUGGAAAGGGUGUUGUCGUCUCAAUCUCAUGUUUCUUCUUCAAUCCUACAUGA